ACUAAACAUUUUUUUUGUAAAUUGUUUUUAUUUAUUAUUAGACUAUUAAUUAUCAGUUAUAAUAAUUGCCAUCUGAAGACAUUUUCAUCAUCAGCUGACUGAUCCUCAAGACUGAUAUCAUUGACAAUGUCGACCGAUAAGAGCAAAUUGAUUCAACUAAACGACGAUGAAGUGAUGCGCCGAAAGCUAUUACUGGACGGCGACGGCGUUGGCGACGAUCGGCGUCUGAAUGUUGUCCUCAAACAGUUCAUUAAAUGGUGUCUAACCGACGACGAAACACUGGAGGACAGAGUCCUCAACUACGAGCGGAUACUGUCGACACUGAGUCAGUGCGAGCUAUCGAUGACCAAAUCGGAACAAACCCUACGUAUGAUAUCCAGGGAAAUGGAAAACUACGAAGACUUGUACCGCAAGAUUGACAAAUCCAUUGAAGAUUGUCAACAAAAACUGGUCAAAUGUAAGGCCGAACUAUCGGAGGCCAAACGAGUCAGGAAAAACAAAUGCGAAUACGAAUCGAUGGCUGUACUGAUUGGCCGACACCCCGACAGGACGGACACUAUGAAACAGUUACAAGAAUUGGAAAAAGAGAUCCGUCGGCUGCAGAAAACAAAGACCGAUAUACAGAAUAAAUUGGAAAAACGGCGCAAACAGUUUCAGGUGCUGUUGGGCGCCGCACAACAACUCAAUCAUAUACUUAAUGCCGAAGAGGAAUCAGAGUCUAACGAUACGACUACUGCAUUGACCGUUGUCUCCUCCGCCGAAGCCGCCGCCGCCACCACCGAUGAUGUUACUGAUGACCAAAAAAUGGAUACCAUUUGAAUGAUUGAUUGAUUGAUUUUUUAAAUAUUGUUAUUUGAUUUAACACAAAAAAACUGUAUAUAUUAUAUACAGUACGGUAUAUUGAUAUAUAUAUAUAUAU